GUGUGAAACCACAACCACGCGAUUGCCAGCUCGAAUACAAAGUCAAUAACGAAGUGUACACAACACGCGCUACGAUUGAGAGUAAGGAUUCAAAGAAACUGCUCUCCCCAAAUCAGAAAAUCUUCUCUCUUUUACCAUUUUUCUUCUUUUGCUUCAGACAAAUCUCAAAAUUCACUGAAACAGAUUAGAUCGAUUAAGCAAACAACUUCCAAUAUUUCCAAUGGCAGAUCACACAGAAUCUCCAAGAUCGUAUCUUAUCUUCAUCAAAAUCAUGAGUAAAAGAAGGACAUGGGUUUGUCUCUUCAUCGCUGUCUACGCAAUUCUCUUAUCUUCUUCAUGGAACCUCCUGAGAUCAGUUCUUAACUGGUACAAGCUCCAAUACACGUCAUCAUCUUCAGAUUCUUCUCCGUCUCCAUCUCCGUCUCGAUUGCCGGCGGUAUACGCGUCGGUGGUGCUCGGUGCGAUGUUUGGAGCUAUGUCGAUGGUGGCUGCGACGACGGUGGCGGUUCCGGCGGUGAUGGUGAUUUGGAUAUCGGUGGUGGUGUUGCUUGCUUUCUUUGGGAAAUCAAGAAGAGUUUUAGUGGUUGAAGGAAAGAAGAUUACGAGAGAAGUUGUUGGAUUUGUGUUUAAGGUUCUUUUGAAAGAAGGCAAUCUUGUUGCUGCUUUUUGUGCUGUUUUAGCUUAUUUUCUGCUUAUUAGAAAAGAUUUUGAUUCAAAUUAGGGUUCUUGAUUUUUUAUAUUAUUUAGGGAAUUUUGAUCUAUUUUUGACAUUUUUUUUUAUGUGUUCUCUCUUAUCUUCAGUCACUCCCGAAUGUAAAUGUAAAGUUGAUUUAGAAAACCAAUUGUUAGUAGAAUGAAGAAGUUCAUGAUGA